AUGAAGAUUGGUAACAGUAUCGCCUCCUUGGCCUUAUUGAUGGCCUACGUGGUUCCAUCCAUUGCCUACAGCAGCAACCACAACAACAAUAACAACAACAGCAUUCGUGGUCCCUCCAACCCUGAAGUCUCACGACGCAACCUCUUGGCCAAAGCGGGAGCCACAGCCAUGCUAUUGGGAGGACUCGGAAGCAACUCACGAUUGGCGUUGGCAGAGGAUGUGGUUGUUGCGGCUGAAGAAGAUACCUUGACCCCCUUGUAUUUUGGUGUAGGAUGCUUUUGGCAUAUCCAACAUGAAUUCAUUGAUGGGGAACGAAGCAUCCUUGGGCGCAAUGAUCACCAGCUAACUUCUGCUGCUGGGUACGCUGGUGGAAAAUCGACGGACAAGGAAGGCCGUGUGUGUUAUCACAACUUCCAAGGCGUUGCAGAUUACGGCAAGCUUGGACAUGGGGAGGUUGUUGGAAUGACCAUUCCUCAAUCCAAGAUCAAGGACUUUUCUGCACUUUAUUUCUCCCUUUACAAUCCAAGGACCAAAGAUCGCGUCGACCCAGGAGACAAGGGAGGCGAAUACCGAUCACUGCUUGGACUACCAGGUGGAACCAGUCAUGCCAGUUAUCCACUUGUCGAAGCCGAGGCUACAAAGGCUGGCUUCAAGCUUGUCGAAGGAAAGGGGAAUGAUCCAGAUACCCUUGGAAAGCAAAUCGUUUACGUCUAUGACACCAAGAAGACGACUGAUUCAAAUCCUCACUAUCAUCGCAUUGGUUGUGUAGGAAUGAAUUCAAAGCUAGAUUAG